AUGGCCAAGGGAGGCAAUGGGUGGCUGCGGAAUGCAUGGGCAUGUGCGGCCAAGCGCUGUUCGUGCAAGGACAACUUCGAGUGGCGCACCGAGUGCUACCUCUGCGGGGCGCCCAAGCCCAAGGACGAGCAGCGCGUGUGGCUCGGGCUCAGUGAUGAGGAGUUCCGUUCCCUCAGUGGGGUGCUCACCCAGUCACAGCGUGACAAGUUGCUGCACCGCCGCGCCAUGGCGGAAUCUGGGCUGGCGCAGCCUGCCUGGGACGCCUGGCAAGCCUCGCAGGAUGUCAGCUCGCUCUCCAACCAGCUGCUGGGAGCCCGCGGUCGCCUCCAGAAGCUGGAGCAGGCGGCCACCGACAUCAUGGUGCAGGUUGCCGACCAGCGGGAGGCGGUGCGAGGCCUGGAGGAGGAGUACGCCGCCGCCAGGGCGCGCGCCUCCGUGGCUUUGGCGCCAGGGGCGGCGCAGCUCGGCCCAGAGGUGCGUGCAGCCCAGUCCGCCUUCGGCCAGGCGCGCGCCGCGGUGGGGGGGGACGCUCCCCCAGCGGUCGCGGCCCUGGUCGAGGCUUGCGAGCGGUUCCUCGGGGCAGUCGUGGGGGCUGCGGCCGGAGCGGGCGCGGCGCCUGGGAUGGGCGCGGGACCUGUUGAGCGUGCUGAUGCGGAGCCUGCGCGUGGGGCCUCGCCAGCAGCUGUACGACAGCCUCAUUCCCCAGGCGGCGGGCAGGAGGUGGCCGCGGCGCUGUGUCGGCAGACCCAGGAGUUCGCUGCGGCAUCAGGACAUCCUGGAGGACAAGCCUGGGACGCGGCAGGUGCCGACGACUCCGACUCGGACGAGUGCAGUCGGCGCCCGCUGGGGGCGCUGCCCGCGCCCACGCUGCGGGGCGCCGCGACGCCCGCGGGGCCAGGCCGCGGGGGUAGCCACCAUCUGGAGCUGGACAGCGGCACGUCCAGCGACGAGGUGGGCCAGAAGUUGGGGGCACCCUUUGAUUGCCCCGUCAGUGCCUGCGAGGCGGCGUCCGUUGACCCAGCGGGCGCCACAUCCCGUCCAAACCCUUUGUCGGAUCGGCAAGAAGUACGGCGAGAACGCGAAGCUGGAGAUGGUCCUACGGCGUCUUCAGCUUCACCCAAGUGUUGGAAGUUAUGCACCUGCAAUACCACCAGCUGGAGCAGCGUGCAGUGGUUCCUCGAGAAUGAGUGCGACGCCGACGUGGUCAUGCUGCAGGAGGUGGCCAUCGCUCCUGAGCUGCAGCCUGAUCGUGAAGCAGCAGUAGGUCGCCUAGGUUGGAAGGCCAAGGUUGCGCCCUCUCGGGACACGGGAGGAGGCCUCUCAGGGGGCGCGUUGGUGGGCACGUGGCCUCACAUUGGCCUCUGCGAGGCUCCUGUCCCGAAGCGCCCUUGGCCCUCUGAGCGGGUUCUCCUCAUGUGGGUCAACGGCUUGGUUCCUGGAGGCUUUAUUGCAGGGUCGGUUUAUUUGGUCUCUGGCGGGGGCCUCGACGACCAGAGUUUUCUGAUCCUGAAGCAGCUGGGCGAGGCCUUGAGGGCCAUGGGGCAGCCGUUCAUUCUCGGGGGUGACUGGAACGUG